AUGGAAGCCCUCACUCUAAUACUGUUUGCUGCUGCCCUUGUGUUGGCGUGUGGUGCUUAUACUCUCUACUCAGCCAUGGAGGGCUGGAGCUGCAUCAAGUCCCUGUACUUCUGCUUCGUGGCCUUCAGUACGGUGGGUUUCAGGGGACCUGGUUAGCAGCCAGGAAGAGUCCUACGGAGGAGCCCCCUGUGGAGCCUACCAGGUGGCUAACUGCCUCGUCAUGCUCCUGGGGGUAUGCUGUACCUACUCCCUCUUCAAUGCCUUCUCUGUCAACAUCAAACAGGGGCUGAACUGGAUCCUGAGUCAGCUGAUCCAUCUACGUAGCUGCCUGUGCCACGGCAGACCUCUACGAUGCCCACUGUUGCCCAUGUUCUUGCCAAACCCUAUGCCACAGGAACAUGGACUUGAGCACCACCAAAGCCAGAGAAAUGGGGCAACACGGAUACAGGCUUCCCGGAGGGGAUGUCAUACAUGUCGGACCACCAUGA